AUGCAAAAAGAGGAAAACAAAAUAUUUUUUCCCAAAAGAGAGCUUAGAUCAUGCGCCAACGCAAGCGUUUGCGCACGAUUUAAAACACCUGCCCAACGGAAUCAAGUUCGCAAUGCGCAGGAGUGGGCACUGCGUGGACUGAGCCCGUAUCUCGUCAUACCGUCACCGUCCGACCGGAAUGGCGUACACGUGCGUGCGAUCGCUCUUCGUUCUAACUUUAUAGUAAAUAAUAUUGUACAAGUUGAGAAAAUACAAAAGAUUAAAAAAAUAGCCAUGAGGUGCACGCUGCUCAUGAAUAAGACACCCGCAGAAGGCGACAUUCGGGGCGUCGGGGAUCGCGAGAUGAUAUCCGGGCACCUGUUACAACUAUGCCGAGCUGAAAUAUCGGAUUCAUUACCAGAAUCCUGGUAUUCCGCAAACGUGAUCAGUGAUGGCUUCCAACCUAAACCAAUAUCGGAGAUAUUUUCAACCGGACCGCCAUUUUCCACAACAAACCCGAUUGUUGUUUUGCCGAAAGAAUCCAGUUCCGUGCCGGACGAGAUCUUGUUGUUAUCAACAUUAGCACCACCGAGGAAAAUUUCAACGACUGGAUCUUCAGAAUUUACAAAACUAUCAACAGCAGCGUUAGAAUCUUCAACACCGCUACCUUCUACGUUUCAUACUAUACCACCUUCAUCAGUACAAACAAUACUACCAACCACUUACCAAACGACACCAUCAACAUUUCUACCAUCGUCUUCGACAUUUUUACCACCCUCAUCAACAUUCCUACCAUCACCAUCAACUACGCGACAGCCACCUAUAGUUACUGAGCCAAAAGAAACUCAACCGUCGUCGCAAUCAACAUUCUCAUUCCAACAAACAACUUUAUCACUGCCACAACCACAACCGUCAUCUUCAUCUUCAAAUUCAGCUCAAACGCUUUCACAACAAGUGAGACUGGAGCUUGUUCCUCAAGGGGUAUCUAUACAAACUAAUGCUCCACAGAGCGUAGCACAACCUACACCAGGACCACUCUCCAACUACUUUUUGGUGUACCAACAAGCGCCGCAGUCCAUUCAAAGCUUCCCAUCUGGAACGUCGCAAGAAGUACCUCAAUUCAGUACAGCUAGCCCCAGCACUAGUACAGGAACACCAUCGACAGUAAUCAUUCAACCAGCCCCGAGCGUGUCUCCCCCUUCAACGCGAACUGCGCCUCCUUCACCAACAACUCCGCUCCCAUCGACAACUCGAGUCCAAACGAGACCGACGGCAAGAAUAAUCAAUAAAGGUUGCAAAAACGUUACAACCAAUCUUCCAAUGUCGAAGUUAUCAGAAUUAGGACCUCUAAAAAUCAGAGUGCUUGCCCCCAGUGGAUCCAUAACGAACGUCAACUUUGUCGCAAAAACGACGACCACGAAAAAACCAACUACUACCAGAGCUCGAAAAACUAGCAAACCUAAGAAAAAUACGUAUGAGUUCUGUAUAGACGGCUGCAGGGGGAAGAGAGAGCCAAUAUGUGCAGCCCCACUAUCCAGUACUUUCCUGGAUCCCAAAACUUUAAAGGGCUUCCCGUCGGUUUGUCAUAUGGCUUGCCAUAACUCCUACAGAAAGGAUCCUUAUGAAAAGGUCCUGGACGGUCGUUGUGGCAGGCUGCGCACUCGAAUCAAGACAGUCGACUCCAACACAAAAUUGAAGAGGGAAGAGCUAAACAAGGCGCAGUACUUCCUCGACAAUAGCGGUACUAAAACAAUAGUCGAAGUCUCACCGUUAAAAUAA